UACACUUUGUUCAUUAUUAUUAUUAUUAUUCAUAUAGUACCAUGAGGCCACACAAUGAAACCAACCCCCAUUUUGCCAGACAUUCGCAACCGCAGUUACCAGGGCAAGGGCUAGAUCAUCAUGACCACGACCCCACUACACCACCAACCACUCCACGGGGGCACCGGAAGCACCAUGGCCACCGGGGGCACCACCGUGAUAGAACUUCCCCUCAACCAGAUCAUCAUCGUCAUCGUCAUCAUCAGCACGGCCACCAUAGAGAUUCCCGGCCACAUCAUCGCGAUUCAGAAGUAGUACCGCCGGUCCCAAUACCAGGCCCUAGUCACGACAACCAACCCCACCAACCGUUCCAUCAAUACGACGACCGAGACCACCGACCGCUGCGUCCCCGGGCUGAACUACCAUCGCCUCAAUAUCAGUUUCAGCAUCCUCAUGAACCCAGCCUAGACCAUCCCAAGCCGCCGCCACCAGCCUCAACGUCGACGGUGCCGCAUGAAGUGGGCCGAGAACCAAAUGUGUGGGAGAAUUGGCGACGUCGGCCAUUGCAGGAGAGUAAUGAUAUGCAAAUGCCGACUCCACGCAAGACCAGCUCCCUUGCAUGGUUAUUAGCAUUCUUAUGUGCAAUCUUCUGGGUGGCCAUAAUCCUCGGAGGCUUAGCAGUUCUCAUAGUCUACCUCAUUUUCCGUCCUCGGAGUCCUCGGUUCGACGUGUCAGCAGCCACACUAAACGCAGCCUAUCUCGACAUGGGGUAUCUACUCAAUGCUGAUCUAACUUUUCUCGCAAACUUCACAAAUCCAAAUAGGAAGGUGGACAUUCACUACAGCUACAUGUACAUUGAGCUUUAUUACGGAAGGAGCCUCAUUGCAACUCAAUCUAUGGAACCUUUCUCCGCACCGAAGGCUCAGACUAAGUUGCUAGGCCUUCAUGCAGUGACUAGUCAGGUUCGGCUUUCGGAGCUCGAAAUACAGAGGUUCAAGAGGCAGAUGAUGAACAAUGGAGUUAUGUUCGAAGUGAAGGGGUUCUUCAGGGCACGAUCUAGCUUUGGUGGUCUCUUACGUUACUCUUAUUGGUUGCAUGGUCGAUGCACUAUUAUGGUGACCAGACCUCCUAAUGGUGUCAUGGUUGCAAAGAAAUGCAAGUCAAAGCACUGAUCGAUCAUCAAAAGAAAUUUCUUGGAAUAUUUAUACAAAUUGUUCCGAGAUAUUUUCAUUUUUAAUUUAUUUUUUGAGGUCGUACGUGGGGUUUGAGAAUUAUUGAUCAUUUUGUUCGAAUAUCAGUGCUAAUUGAAUCAAAAGCUAUUGAAAGCUAUAUAUGAUGAUGAUGAUGAUGAUGAUGAUGAUGAUCAAGUAAGAAAAGCUUGGUACAAUGAAAGUGAGAAUACUUGAUGACAAUUUGUGUUGUUUUGACUUUGAUUAAUGGAAAUUAAUAACAAAAGUUAAAGUGGAAAAGAAUUAAAUCAUUUCGUGUCAAAUAUAUAUUCUAGUCUUGCUAGAUGUGGUCGGAAAAUAAUGAAAU